GAUACACAUAAAGGGCUCGAGAAGCACUCGUCGGGCCAAUCCAUUUAUUAAAACUCUCGAGAAUUUCAAGCAAAAGCAAACAAAAAACUGCAGACUUAUCUGAGAGAUAACAACAUUUGUAAUGGGUUCAUCUCAAUCUCACGAAAGCAGAACCCGCUCCGAUUCAUAUAGCAACCUCAAACUCCUCCCAACCGCGCAACCUUCAUCAUCGUACCGCCUGCGGACACGAAUUCGGGACGGGUCAGAGAUAGCUCGAGGAUUGCGAAAUAUAGUUUUGAGAAUUGGGAGUCUCAGGUUCAGGCCUCUACUGGCAAGAGACCGGAGGGUGGAAAGUUGCAGAACUAAGUUUCUCACGAGAAGAAGGAAAGAAGCGACACGAACUCAUCACGACAACCUCAACUCGACCUCACUCAUCAAGCACUCCUCAAUCAACCCUCUCCACUCCCCUCACGACACGACACUUCGACAAACAGAAACAAUGCCACCCAUACCACGACCCGCGCUGCUCUCGCGCGCAGCAAAAUCCGUCUCCGUCCCUACAACUCGCACAGCAACGAGAGCAUUCUCCUCGACGCAGAACGUCAAGGCGGCGGACCAUGCACACGAGGACCAUUAUGAUCCGCCGAGCGGAUGGCUUUUUGGGGUGAAGCCGGGGGAGAAGGCGGAGAAGGAGGGGUGGGAGACGAUUUGGGUUUGGGGGUUCUUUGGGAGUCUGGGGUUGGGUGCUGUGGCGUAUGCUUUUAAGCCUGAUACUUCGAUACAAACUUGGGCUCUCGAGGAAGCACGAAGACGGUUAGAAGUUGAAGGGAUCUUGAAGGAGCCGGAGGACAAGUCAUAGACCACACACACAUGGCGAUUUCACGGUUCGAGGUUCAUGGUCAUAGAUUGGGCAACUGGUUUCUUGGUUGCAUGGACUGUACAUAUUGUAGCUGAGCAGAAAGAAAGGCAGGAUGGGAUGGAUGCUAUUGAGUGCGCUCAUAGACGACGAUCUGUUUUCUCGCUUUACUUCUUUUCAAUGGAUCGAUGCAUAUUGGAGAUGUCCGAAGUCGCUGUGAGUAGAAGGGUGGGAAGCGAGGUGAGUCAGAUUCGAGGGUCCUUGGCUGUUAUGCCGAUCCGUUGGAGAUUUACUACUUUCAUCACCACACCUGCCAUUGGAAUUCUUCAGACGACGCAAUUGCUCGCUUUGAUUUCUUCAGCUCGUCUAUUUUUG